AUGUUCUUUAUCUGGCUCUUGGUGUUUGUGGUGAUCGUGGUGUUCAUUCUUGCGUUGCCAUAUGUUUCUGGUAUUGCCUCCUAUGACGUAGAGAGAAAGAAGAAACCAGUGCAAAAGAAGUCCGCAGUAGAACCUUCAAGAAGUAUGGGUGCUCCGGUUGGAUAUGUGCCACCAUCAUUUGAGGUUAAGGACGACGCCGAAGAAGCUGCUUCCACUUCCGGAAUCUCUGCAUUGAAAGAUAAAAUGAGAUUGACAUCAGAAGACAUACCUCUUAAAUUGCAUUUGAACGAUUCUUCUAGCUUGAGAAGAAGAAAGACUGACAAAAUCGAUAUGGAUUCCAAUCCUAACAAUUACGAUUACGAUUUGGAUGAGUUAAUUGAAGAGGAAUGGGAUGAAAAGAAGCAGCAGUCGCAACCACAGGUAAGCUCAAAAGUGAAGUCAAGACCUGUGGCUACAAAUGAAGAGGUUCGUGAAUUGGUAUAA